AUGUCUGUAAAGGAAAUUGAAAUUGCAACUCCAACAACUUCAGACCUUUCUCAUGAUGAAACUCCCGCAGACUCCACUGUUUCCCUGAAAAAACAACUCCCAGAAGAAAAAGACUCAAUGUCAGCUCAUAACCUUUCAACCCCAGUCGCGUCUCCACCACCGCCACAACAACAACAACAACAACAACAACCAGCCGAUGCUUCAUCAAAUAACUCUGUAACUACCGCUACAAAUACAAUUUCGUCACCACCCCCAUCAAAUUCUCAAGAUGUUGUCAUGGAGGAUGCUCCACAUGAUAAUAACGUUGACGUUGAUGAUGACGACGAUGACGAUGAUAACGAUGACCUUUUUAAUGAGCCUGAAACAGAAACGUUAAAACCUUUGUCAAAAACAGAAGAAGCAACACAACAACUGACGACUGAUGAAACUAUUCCAACAUCUACAGAAGCCAAAGAUACUACUACACAAAUAGCAGAUGAAAACGCGAAAACCUCUUCUAAUGACUCUAAUGACCUAAUUAAUAAUAAAACAACAAGUAAUGAUAAUGAUACCUCUGCUAAACCUGCUUCUUCACCCGAAAUUAAAUCAGAAGACGCGUCAAAAUCAACUUCUUCUUCUGGCUCCUCUACUUCUUCCUCAGCUUCCUCAACUUCUACUGCUCAAACUGAUUUAAACAACCCUACUGCUGUUCCAUCUUCUUCCCCAAAACGCGCCCAGACUUUGGAACACGAAGAUCCAGACCCAGUCCCAGCAAAGCGCCCACGUCUCGAUGACUAUGUCAAGAAUGAGGAUAUUAAACAUGUCGAAACAACAACACAAGUUACAGCAGACCCGCGUGACCCUCCUGAAGGUGCUCCUCGUCAGCUAGCAAAACACCAAGCAAAGUUUGCCCUAGCAUCUUUACGUGCUGUCAAGCGUCUCAAAGAUGCUGGCCCAUUUAUCGACCCUGUUGACGAUGUCAAACUCAAUAUCCCCACUUACUACACUGUUAUCAAACACCCGAUGGAUUUAUCAACUAUGGAGCGUAAGGUCACUGGUAGUCUCUAUACUGGCGUCUCGGAGUUCAUUUCUGACAUGAACCUUAUUGUCUCUAACUGUGUGCUUUUCAAUGGCCCCGAGUCUUUUAUUUCAAACAUGGCUCGUAACAUUAAGGCUUCCUUUGAUAAGCAUAUGAAUAAUAUGCCUCCAUAUGAACAACCUGCCCUAAACUCCAACUCAAGACCCAAAAAGAAGACGGGAGCUGGCGCUAAGAAUCAACGCGUCGCUGCCACAGCUCGGAAUUCAGCUUCACCAGCCCCUGCUGCCACAGCUACUACCACCACACCUUCUUUGACAUCUGCUGCUGCAAAUAAGGCAGCAUCAACACCAGCCAUUGCUUCUCCAGCUAAAUCAAAACUAUCAAAGGCUGCUGCCGCUGCCUCUGCUACAACUUCAAAUACUUCAUCUACUACUACUCUAUCUACUACUGUACCGGCUUCAACAAAGGUAACCACCAACCCUAACCCUUCAGUUUCUUCAAAGGGUCCACUGAAGAAGGUCAGUCCAGCUGCUGAAGCUAGCAAACCUUUUGCUCUACAACCCUCUGGCAUUCCUACAAUUCGCCGCGACUCAUCCGUAGAUGGCCGUCCGAAGCGUGAAAUCCAUCCUCCCAAAUCUAAAGACCUCCCUUAUGGCGAUUUUAAACCGAGAAAGAAAAAACACGCUGCUGAAUUACGGUUUUGUGGUGGCGUCUUAAAAGAACUUAUGAGCAAAAAGCACGAAACCUUUAACUUUCCCUUUUUGCAGCCUGUUGACCCUGUUGCUCUCAACUGCCCUUCGUACUUUAAAAUCAUUAAGCAUCCCAUGGACUUAUCGACCAUCCAGCAAAAAUUUAAUACAAACCAGUAUGAAACUGCUGAGCUUUUUGAGGAAGAUGUACGUCUCAUGUUUCGCAACUGUUAUAAGUUUAAUCCUGAGGGAUCCCCUGUUAAUCUUAUGGGUCACCGUCUCGAAGCUCUUUUUGAUCAAAAAUGGGUUGACCGACCUGUUCCUGCCCCCUCUCCACCUCCUAUUCCUGUCGAGUCUGAGUCUGAAGAAGAAUCUGACUUGUCUGAUAGUGAGCUUAUUCGUGAUGAUCCAGGUAUCAAAUACCUUGAAGCCCAACUCGAGCGUAUGAAGAAGGACUUGGAGAAAAUGAAACGUGAAGCAUUGCAAAAGGCUCGUGAAGCUCGUGAUGCACGCAAGCGAAGGAAGAAGAAAACAAAUGGUUCUGCCGGCGGCUCCAAACGUGGUGCCAAGGAAGGUGGUGGCGCUGGAACCACUCGUCGCAAGUCAGCUUCUGGUGCCGCUGGUCCAGGCCGACGUGCAAGCAAUGCCAACGGUGUUUCUGCUAGUGGUAGUACUGGACCAAAUGCAAGUGCCUCGUCACCAGCGGUUGCUGCUAAUGCGUCAAACGUGGCCACGGCUGCUGCCAAUAACGCACCUACAGCUUAUGUUACCUAUGAAAUGAAGGAAGAGCUUUCACGCAUGUGCCAGACUCUACCGGAAAAGAAGAUGCGUCACGUUUUGAAGCUUAUCCAGGAAGGAAUGCCCAAUCUUAAUACUGAUAACCAGGAAGAAGUAGAGCUCGAAAUUGACCAGCUUAACCCUGCCACUGUCCUUAAGCUUUACGAUUAUGUUGUCAAGGCCAAGCGUCCGCGGGCCAAUUCGACAACUAAGCGUGCUGCUAACAAUGCAUCUAACGUUCCAGCAGCUGGCACAGGUUCUCCUGGACCUUCUGGUUCUAAGCGCAAGGGUAAACCAAUUUCAGAGGCUGAGCAAACACGACAGAUUGAGGAGCUGCAAAAGAAGAUUGAGCAGUUUGACCGGGCCGAGGAACAAGCUGCUGCUGCGUCUCGGGAUGAUGAUUACGACGGGAUGAUGAUGAGUGAUAAUGACGUUGUAUAUGUAAAUGAUGACAGCCGAGGAGUUGGCGGCAACGCUGGUAAUGGUAUUGGUAGUAGUGGCAACGGAGUUGGAAGCACCAACAGUAGUGCAGGCAAUGGUGGCAGCGGAAGCAGCAGCAGUGGCGGCCAUGGCGGUGGCCACGAUUUGAUGGUGAGUGCAUCUGGUGCAGGCAUGGCUCUUGCUGGUGGCCGUGGACCUAGCAUGCGAGACUCUGAUGAUGAUGACGAUGACGAUGACGGCGGAUCUGAUUCGAGCUCUGAGGAGGAGUAA